CCGGAGCUUUAGUUUGCACUGGUUCGCCUUAAGGCUCGCACACACGUUGACGGCCGGGGACGUGUACGUGAGUUUCGCGAAACAUAACCUCGCCGCCAAGAAAACGAAACGGAGUAGGCGAAGCAGUGGAUUUCACGGGGCCUACUGUGUGUGGUGUGUGCCGCGUCUUCGCAGCUUCCGCGCUCCCGCUCUGACACUCCGAAUCUCCAGUGUCUACGGCAUGGCCUGCUAGGGUUUGACCGCAUCGGUAGUUGUCUGUUGAUGUUUUUUGUAGCAAGCGGUCGAGCGCGCGCGUCGGCGGCCAUAUACAUUCCGGUGCAGUCGUUCGGUGCUACUGACGUUUCCGCGGACUACUGGGACGACGACGCACUCUUGCCGGAGUUUCUCUAUCGCGGUCUAAAUUGAUUUCGUUCUCGCGCGCGCGAUAGUUUUGUGUUCAACCACCAGAAUCAACCAUUUUUUGGUUAUGACCUAACCGAGUGUCAAGUUCGGCGCCCCCCAAAAACAGUCCCAAAAUUGAUACCUCAAACUCGCCCUUCCGGGUGGUCGUCAGCAGUGGUGGUGGUGGUGGGAGCACUAGUGUCAGUGGAAGUGUCGGCUCGUCGGAACUGUUCCGUCGACGGUUGGCGGCCACGGCGAUGCUGCUCGGAACGCAAAACCCGUCGGCAAUGGCGGCGGCCGCUGCCGCAGCGGCUGCAGCGCUCGCCAAGUCCGGUUCGAACGGUAGUGGCUCGGGUGGGACGGGAAGUGGUGGUUCGGGAGGUGCAACGGAUUUCUCGAUAGCGGCCAUUAUGGCGCGGGGAGCAGCGGCGGCGGCAGCUUCCGCCGCGGCUGCCGUGUCGUCGCAUGGUGGGCACAGAGUGAACGGAAGUAGUGGAGGUGGAUCCGGCGCGGGAGGGAGUUCCAGCAGGGAGCCAUCCGAGAGGAGUAUAAGUCCCAUCUCGGUCGACCGGUUUCCGGAGGUGGACGACGAGGGCGACGUGGACGUCGAGCAGUGCUCGGACUCGGAGACCACUCCAUCGUCCCGCCACGGAUCCAGCUCCCGCAAGAGCCACCACUCGAACAGGGCCACCCCGGGAACACCGUCGGACGAGGAGCGCCUUACGCCGGAACCUGCCACGACCAAGAACACCAUAAAAGGUAGUUGCAACUCGGACGACCUGCGGCCGGUGCAGUGCCACCUGGAGACUAAGGAGUUGUGGGACAAGUUCCACGAUCUGGGCACCGAAAUGAUCAUCACCAAGACGGGACGCCGGAUGUUCCCCACGGUCCGGGUCUCUUUCUCGGGGCCAAUCCGUCCCGUAACGGCCGCCGACCGGUACGUGGUCCUGCUGGACGUCGUGCCCAUGGAUAACCGGCGCUACCGGUACGCGUACCACCGGUCCUCGUGGCUGGUCGCCGGCAAGGCGGACCCACCCCCACCGGGCCGGCUGUACGCCCACCCGGACACGCCGCUCGGGGCGGACGCCCUCCGCAAACAGGUCAUCUCGUUCGAGAAGGUCAAACUCACCAACAACGAGAUGGACAAGAACGGCCAAGUAAGUAUCGUCCUGAACUCGAUGCACCGCUACCAGCCCCGGAUCCACCUGGUGCGGCUGGGUCCCGGCCAGCACGCUCCCACCAACCCGCGGGACCUGCCCGAGUUCGACCACAAGACGUACGUCUUCCCGGAGACGGUCUUCACGGCGGUCACGGCCUACCAGAACCAGCUCAUCACGAAGCUCAAGAUCGACUCGAACCCGUUCGCGAAGGGAUUUCGGGAUUCGUCCCGGCUGACCGAUUUUGAUAGUUUCCCAAGCAUAGACCCCAUGGACGCCCUUCUGUUCGAGCAGCACCUGCGCGCCCCUCUGCGUCUCUUCCCGGACCCGCUUCUGGCCGCACAGUUCGCCAUGGGCGGACAGGAACUGGACGGGGCCCAGCUGGCCAUUCUGGAGAAAGCCCGCCAGCAGCUGCAAAUGUGGGGCCGCGGCACUCCAUACGGCGAUCUUAUGAUGUCCCAAAUGUACGGUCACCCCCACCAACGACCCCCUCCCCAGCACCCGCACGCCCACCAGAUGAACCUGGCCGGCCUCUGGCAAUCCCAGUGGCCACCGCAGAUCCCGUCGGCGGCGUUCCUCCAGGCUGCGGCCGCUGCCUCGUCGGCGGCUUCGUCUUCAUCAUCGGCGACCCCACCACCGACUUCCGGUGCCUCGUCGGUCCAUCUUCCCCCGGGGGCUGCUACGGUUUCAACCCCACCCGGUUCCGGCACCAGUUCCGGGUCGGGCUCGCCGUCACCGUCGGAGCUGCGGGCCAAACACAUGAGCCGGUUCAGUCCGUACCAGAUUCCACCGCCCCAGCAGCAGCAUCAUCAGCCACCCUCGCCGCGGAGUCCUUCCAACUAGGACCAAGUUGGGUUGUCAAGCGGAAAUCCACCGAAUCCUUCGAAGGAGUAAAAAAGAAACAUCAAAAUAUGCUUUUAAACGUCGCUGUAAAUAGUUCAAUCGUCACUGUUAUUUAUUCUCUUCUUCCUUUUUAUCAUUACUAAUUAAUUGAAUUAGUUCGUUGGUGCAUUUCUAAGCUGGAAGCGAAGCGCGUUCAUUGUUACUAGGUUCUUGCAAAGUAUAAUUUAUUUUUUAUCACACAAUCACACACGUACACGUGCACGAGCACAGAAAAAAGAAGAUAAAAAAUCAUACACACUUCAUUAAACUAGAAGUUAGCUAAAUAUCGUGAUGGAAGCAAUAAAACAAAAUAUUGCAGCUACUUAAUUAGCAAUAAGAAAGAAGAUCAAAAUUGUAAGUGAACAUUUGAAAUUAAUAUCUCUUGACCAUUGUUGCUAUAAAAGUGGAAAGUGAAACUGAGCGAAUUUUUAUCUGUAAAUAAAACAAUAUGACAUAAAAUACACGUACACGAAUUGAGUUCCAAGAAA